GACAUCGCUGCGAAGCGUAUGGACAAUUACAUUCCACAAACCGACCGAAUGAUCUUUUCGCCUUUCGGCGUUUCAAAGAAAAGCAAUCUGAAAAGUGAACAUUUUCUAUAAAUAUAUAUACUCAGCCACACCUGGACAGAUCUAUAACAACAAAUCACCACCAGCAGAUCUGCUCUAUCAGAUAUAACUCCAGAGAGAGAACUUUUUUGAGAGAGAGGGGGGCGGGGAAGAGGUGGAGGGGUAAUGGAUGAGAAGCUGAUACAGAGAUUGGAGGCGGCGGUGGGGCGGUUGGAGGCGCUGUCUGCUGGCGGAUUCGGUGCUGGAGGUUUGACGGAGAUUGGCGGAGAUGAGGCGGCAAGAGAUCCAUCAAUCUUGGCAUUCGACGAUUUGAUAUCGCAGUUCGUAGGUAGGGUUAAAAGUGCUGCGGAGAAGAUUGGAGGACAGGUUUUGGAUGUCACUAAGAUUAUUGAAGAGGCGUUCUCUGUUCAGAAGGAGCUUCUUAUUAAGGUCAAGCAAACUCAGAAGCCUGACAUGACGGGUCUAGUUGAAUUUCUUAAACCAUUGAAUGAUGUGAUAACGAAAGCUACUGGGAUGACAGAAGGAAGGCGAUCUGAUUUCUUCAACCACUUGAAGACUACUGCUGAUAGUCUGACAGCUCUCGUGUGGAUUGCAUAUACAGGCAAAGAUUGCGGUAUGAGCAUGCCCAUUGGGCAUGUGGAAGAAAGUUGGCAAAUGGCUGAAUUUUACAAUAACAAGGUUCUUGUAGAGUACAGAAAUAAGGACCUGAUUCAUGUGGAGUGGGCAAAAGCCUUGAAGGAGCUUUAUGUACCGGGUUUGAGGGAUUAUGUGAAGACUCACUAUCCUUUGGGCCCUGUAUGGAGUGCCACAGGAAAAACUGUAUCUGCUCCCUCAAAAACUCCUACACCAAGUGCUCCUGCUCCUCCACUUCCUCCACCUGCUUCACUCUUCAGUUCUGAGCCGCCUCAGCCUUCAUCAUCACGGCCAAAGGAAGGAAUGAAUGCUGUUUUUCAAGAAAUUAGUUCUGGGAAGCCAGUGACAGCAGGUUUGAGGAAGGUCACAAAUGAUAUGAAAACAAAGAACCGUGCAGAUAGAACUAGCGUUGUUGCUGUUGGUGAAAAGGGGCAUGUCAAUUCCCCCUCAUUCUCUAAGGCAGGUCCUCCUAAGUUAGAGCUUCAAAUGGGUCGUAAGUGGGUUGUUGAGAAUCAAAUUGGAAGAAAGAAUUUAGUAAUUGAUGACUGUGAUGCAAAACAGACAGUUUAUAUUUUUGGAUGCAAAGAUUCUGUUUUGCAGAUCCAAGGUAAGGUUAACAAUAUAACGAUUGACAAAUGCACAAAGAUGGGUGUUGUAUUCACUGAUGUUGUGGCUGCUUGCGAGAUUGUUAAUUGCAAUGGUGUUGAGGUGCAAUGCCAGGGCUCAGCUCCGACAAUUUCGGUAGACAACACUGCAGGUUGCCAAGUAUAUUUAAGCAAAGAUUCUUUGGAGGCUUCCAUUACAACAGCCAAGUCAAGUGAAAUCAACAUCUUGGUGCCAGGUGCUGAGCCUGAUGGUGAUUGGGGGGAGCAUGCUUUGCCUCAGCAGUUUGUUCAUGUAUACAAGGAUGGCCAGUUUGUAACAACUCCAGUCUCGCACUCUGGAGGGUAAUUGAUAAAAAUUUUUUUCUCAUCCAACUGCUGAUGUGGGUUUCUUCUCCUUUAUUCUUUUUUUGUUUUAUUUUUGAAGUUGUUAAUUAGAUUCCUUGGAAGGUUGAGAGUUGGCUUUUGUUUUUUGUAUCGAUUGAAUGUGGUCUGAUUUAACUAUCACAAAGAAUUUGCUUGUUUUCUUAUGUUGUUUUACGAAAUUGUGAAGUUUUUGCUGUUGUGCCUGGGUUAAUAUAUAUAUAUAUAUAUAUAU